CACUCUCAGAACUCAAAAAGGCCUCAUGGUGGGUUCAACUGAGAGUUGUCUUGAAGCAAAAGCUGCUUCUUCAUGAAUGGUUCAAAUUCAGCUGUCGAAAUUUCUCUUCCUGAUUGUCUUUAAUGGUUUAUAUUAGAGACUUAUUAUGAGGAUCAAGUCUCUGUUCCAUUAUUGGAGGAGGAACCCAAGAUGUAGCAAUCAAAUCAGUUCCAGCUGAUUAGCAAUGCGGAACGUCAACCUGUACGCUACUGUUGAAUUCAUACUGUGAACCCAACACGACUGAUGGCUUGAUUAAAUCUAGCACUUAGAUCGUGCACACAAUCUGUUCGAUGAAAUGCUUAUACGUGAUGUUACAUAUAACUUGCUGAUUUUUGGGCAUGGAAAUAUGGAAUCAUCGAACUGGGUCUCUGAAAUUGUUUUAUCAAGAAAACAAUUUUUAUUUAUAUCUGACUAAUAAAUUAAUAACAUGUUAAUUAAAAUUACCAUAAGUCUUAACACUUGUUUUAAGUUAUUAAAUUUAUUUUGAGUGGAUAUUUACAUACCUUGAUUUAGUUUAGAAAUUGAGUCCCAAAAAAUAAGAGAAAAAAUCCCAUCUAAACGCUAUGUUUUUGAAAGAUAAGUAUAUUCUUAACUCACUAAUCUGAGAAAAAAUAGAGAUUUUGAAAAUUUUGAAAAAAAAUCUUAUACUAAUUAUAAUAUGUUUGGUGGGAGGAAAAUGAAGGGUACAGGUUGAAUCAACACGCUCAUUUGCGAGGUUCUUAAAUCUAUGUAGUACGAAUGGCAAUAUUCGAGGAUGUGGCUAAGGAAAGCAUCAACUUUUCCGCCUAUUGAUUAUGCAUAACAUGAUUGAAUUUAAGAAAUAUUUUCACUCAUCACAUUAAAUCAAUGGAUGCAUAAUUAUUGGAAAGUUAAGUUAGUACUGACAUGAGCACGUGGUUUCUUUAGCUCUCCCAAUAUUCUAUUUUGAAACCAGGGUCUUGAAGGUGGGGUUUGUCAAUAGGAGUGUGCAUGCGCAGUCUGAAUUCACAUGUGUAUGAGAGUCUUCCAAAAACAGCAAUGGAUUUUUUUUGAACUUAUUAAUGACCUCUUUGUUGCACUGUCGUAUUGUUGAUGAUGUGGUUGAGAUGUUUGAUGGUUGAUGAACGAAUUGGAAUUGACGAAGUCUCAUUUCCCCGGUGUUGAAAGCAUUAUCAUAGUUGGUUUCAGCAAGCUUAGCCAGCUGCAGAUUGGUGCACUGUUGUGCUAUUAUUUAGAUUUUGAAUCUCAUGUUUCAGUUUCAUGUUCCAUGGAUGAAGCAAGGUCAUGUUCAACUAUGUUUUUCAACAACUUCCUUCUGGAAAUGCUUUCUGUUUCACAUCAAUCACCAACGGAUUUGCUCGGAAUGGACUGGGAUGAGAGUGUCUUGAGAUGCUUGAAGGCUGAAGACAUGAUCCGAAAGGGUUUAAGGCCUGAUAAAGUGACUUUCUUGUGUGUUAAGAGGUGCAGCCAUCCUGGGUGGUGGCAGAAGGAUGACAGGUAGACACAGGGCAUUUCAUUUAUUUUAUAUCUAUUGGGAGCACCAGGCACCAGACACCAGGAAGUAGUGGUUGUGAUGUAGGGCUCAUUGUUGCAAAGUUGUAGGGCUCAUAUGAAUGAUAUGGUGGGGAAAAGAGAGGCAAAAGCACUAUUGGAACUUGAUCCAGAAGAUUUUGCAGUUCAUUUGCAAGUAUCAAACAUUUAUUCUGAAAUUGAGGAAUUUAAAGCCCUAUGCACAUUAGAGAAGUUGUUAUGGAAAAGAAUAUAACAAAGGAGAUUGGUCACAUUUUAAUUGAUUUGAAUAGUUGCUAUUAAAAUUUGGAAGUCUAUACCAAUAGCAAAUAAGCCAUCAGUCCUGGAGUCCCAAAUAAGCAUCUAGUAUUGUCAAACUUGUUUUCAUGAGGUAAACCUUUUCUUGUGAAAUCUACAUCUUCUUCAUGGAUCAGUUGUGGAAAGGUUUCUUUUGCUUGAAGCAUAUAAUGUGUGCAUGUAGUGGACUAUCAGGAUCUGGUUUUUUGCCGCCCAGUUAGUGGUUCAUGCAGGAGCAGAAACCAUGGUAUAUAACGACAUUGGCAUGCUUCAUGAACUUGAAAGCUUUGAAAUAGAUGAAGAAAAUGAUGUCGAACUUUUCGAUACCCCCUCGUGGACAAGUGAACGUGGAGGCAAGGUUCUUGUGAACGUUGACAGCUUUGGUGCAGUUGGAGAUGGAGUUUCUGAUGACACUCAGGCCUUUGUCAAAGCUUGGGAAACAGCCUGCGGAACACCAAAAUCAGUUUUUUUUGUUCCUCCAGGACACCGCUACUUAGUUAAUGCAACAAAAUUUAAGGGGCCUUGUGAGAAUAAGUUGGUCAUCCAGAUAGAUGGAACAAUAGUAGCACCUGAUGAGCCUAAUGACUGGGAUCCAGACCUUCCACGAGUCUGGCUUGAGUUCUCUAAACUGAAUGGAGUUCUUUUCCAAGGGAAUGGAGUUAUUGAUGGCUCUGGCAGAAACUGGUGGGAGUCAUCUUGUAAAAAGAACAAGUCAAAUCCUUGCAGAGGAGCUCCAACAGCAUUAACUAUUGAUUCAAGCUCAUCUGUGAGAGUGAGAGGCUUGACUAUCCAAAACAGCCAACAGAUGCAUUUUGUGAUUUCCAAGUCUGCCUCUGUGCGAGUAUCUGAAGUAUUAGUCUCAGCUCCAGAAGACAGUCCUAACACUGAUGGAAUUCACAUUACUGGAUCAACUAAUGUCGUACUUCAAGACUGCAAAAUUGGAACAGGUGAUGAUUGCAUCUCAAUUGUCAAUGCUAGCUCUGGCAUCAAGAUGAAGAGAAUUUAUUGUGGACCUGGACAUGGAGUCAGUAUUGGAAGUCUUGGAAAGGACAACUCCAUUGGCAUAGUAACAAAAGUGGUCCUGGAUACAGCUCUCCUCAAAGAGACGACCAAUGGCCUCAGGAUUAAGACUUGGCAGGGAGGCAAUGGUUAUGUUCGUGGAAUACGUUUUGAAAAUGUUAGGAUGGAAGAUGUUGCAAAUCCCAUCAUCAUUGAUCAAUUCUACUGUGAUUCCCCAAAAGUCUGCUCAAACCAGACAUCCGCUGUAAAAAUAAGUGACAUCAUGUACCGGAAUGUUACCGGCACCACAAAGAGUGCAAACGCCAUGAAAUUUGCCUGCAGUGACACAGUCCCUUGUAGUAAUAUAGUCCUGAGCAACAUCAACUUAGAGAAGAAAGAUGGCACAGUGGAGACUUACUGCAAUGCUGCCCAAGGCUUUGGAUAUGGCAUUGUUCAUCCUUCAGCUGAAUGCCUAACUUCCCAAGACAGAGACUAUUGCCGUGUUGGUCUGACUGAUAUUGCUCAAGACUAUGUUACUGAUCAGACCAAAAUCACACAGCUUGCAGAAUCCAGCAGUGAGGCUAUUGUUCACACUGAGCUCUGACAUGGCUUCCUUCAGAAAUUAAAAUAACCAUAUUUUAGAUUUUAAUAUAGCAAUAUACUAAACUGGGGAGUUGGGAUGUAGUUCACUAGUAGAGAUUUCUUGGAAGGGGGCUCUUGUUGAUCUUUUAUGGGAUUUUUAUGUCAGAUAUUUGGCUACACAUACAAAUUGCUCUGAAAUUUAUGCUUAAUUGCUGCUUGAA